CCGAUAAGCAACAAGUUCCCCAGCGGUCUUCCCGCCCUAGCCUGACAAGGCGAAGAUUUUCUUACCUGGCGACAGGGAAAUCUCCCGAGCAGAGCUCAGCUUUGCCAGAGCCCCAGGUGUGACCUGAGCAGUGGGCAAGGAAGCGGUGUGCAGGCUGGAUUAUUUUUAUGAGGGUACCCUGAAACUCCUCUCUUUCCCCGGGAACUUUCUGUGCCAGGACCCAGCGACGGGCGGUUGGGAGGAAGCCCCAGGAACCACCCGCUAUUUAGCAGGGCAGUUGGGCAGUCAUUGGUAACCUCGCUCAUUCAUUAGAAUUACGUUAGAACUCAAGAAAAAAUGUGUCUCUCGGAGUGAGGGCGUUUGCGUAAAUCUAUAGGUUUUUCAACCUCGAUGCCAGUUGCUUUGUCUUCUGUAGUCGCCAAGGUGGUUGAGAGUUUAAGCUUGCGGAUAUUGCAAAGGGUUAUUAGAUUCAUAAGUCACACCAAGUGGUGGGCGAUCCACUGAGCAAAGCCGAACUUCUCACAUGAUGACUUCAAACAAGACACAUUACCUACCAGCAUCUGUUGGGGAGACAGGAUUUUAAGACACUUGAGUCUCCAGGACAGCAAAGGCACAAUGUUCCACCAGGUGAGAAGAGUGAUGACCAUCCUUUUCCUUACUAUGGUUAUUUCAUACUUCAGUUGCAUGAAGGCUGCCCCUAUGAAGGAAGCAAACAUCCGAGGACAAGGCAGCUUGGCCUACCCAGGUGUGCGGACCCAUGGGACUCUGGAGAGCAUGAAUGGGCCCAAGGCAGGCUCGAGAGGCCUGACUUCCUUGGCUGACACUUUUGAACACGUGAUAGAAGAGCUGUUGGACGAGGACCAGAAAGUGCGGCCCAAUGAAGAGAACAAUAAGGACGCGGACUUGUAUACUUCCAGGGUAAUGCUUAGUAGUCAAGUGCCUUUGGAGCCUCCUCUCCUGUUUCUGCUCGAGGAAUACAAAAAUUACCUGGAUGCUGCAAACAUGUCUAUGAGGGUCCGGCGCCACUCUGACCCCGCCCGCCGUGGGGAGCUGAGCGUGUGCGACAGCAUUAGCGAGUGGGUGACAGCGGCGGAUAAAAAGACUGCAGUGGACAUGUCGGGCGGGACGGUCACGGUCCUUGAAAAAGUCCCCGUUUCAAAAGGCCAGCUGAAGCAGUACUUCUAUGAGACUAAGUGCAAUCCCAUGGGUUACACAAAGGAGGGCUGCAGGGGCAUAGACAAAAGGCAUUGGAACUCCCAGUGCCGAACUACCCAGUCGUACGUGCGGGCCCUUACCAUGGAUAGCAAAAAGAGAAUUGGCUGGCGAUUCAUAAGGAUAGACACUUCCUGUGUAUGUACAUUGACCAUUAAAAGGGGAAGAUAGUUGAUUUAUGUUGUAUAGAUUAUAUUGAGACAAAAAUUAUCUAUUUGUAUAUAUACAUAACAGGGUAAAUUAUUCAGUUAAGAAAAAUAAUUUUAUGAACUGCAUGUAUAAAUGAAGUUUAUACAGUACAGUGGUUCUACAGUCUAUUUAUUGGACCUAUCCAUGACCAGAAGGGAAACAGUCAUUUUGCGCACAACUUUAAAAAGUCUGCAUUACAUUCCUCGAUAAUGUUGUGGUUUGUUGCCGUUGCCAAGAAUUGAAAACGUAAAAAGUUAAAAAAAAAAAUAACAAUAAAUUGCAUGCUGCUUUAAUUGUGAAUUGAUAAUAAACUGUCCUCUUUCAGAAAACAGACAAAAAAAAAAAAACAACAAAAAUUUGAACCAAAACAUUCCGUUUACAUUUUAGACAGUAAGUAUCUUCGUUCUUGUUAGUACUAUUAUCUGUUUUACUGCUUUUAACUUCUGAUAGCGUUGGAAUUAAAACAAUGUCAAGGU